AACAGAAGUCAAUACUCCGAUUAGCAGCGGUGAAAACAUUUAUAGAGGUUAAGAAGCCAAGCCAACGAGAAGAAAAUGGUGUCUAUGUGUCGACAGAUCAUGGGAUUGUCCAUGGGCCUGAUUGGUUUCUUGGGAACGAUCAUAAUUUGCGCCCUUCCUAUGUGGAGGGUGACGGCAUUCAUCGGGGCCAAUAUCGUGACCGCUCAGAUCAUCUGGGAGGGCUUGUGGAUGAACUGCGUUAUGCAAAGCACAGGACAGAUGCAAUGCAAGAUAUACGACUCGCUAUUGGCCUUACCCCAGGACUUGCAGGCUGCUAGGGCGCUCGUGGUCAUCGCCAUCAUCGUCAGCCUCUUUGGAGUCUUCCUGGCGAUCGCCGGUGGAAAAUGCACCAACUUUGUCGAGGAGGAAGCCGCGAAAGCGAAGGUGGCUAUUGCCAGUGGUGUAAUCUUCAUUGUCGCUGGAGUGCUGGUCUUGGUUCCUGUAUGUUGGUCAGCUAACAGCAUCAUCAGGGAUUUCUAUAACCCCAUGCUCACCGACGCUCAAAGGCGAGAGAUGGGACCUUCUCUCUACAUAGGCUGGGGAGUGGCUGGAUUGAUGAUCAUUGGAGGAGCUAUAUUGUGUAGCUCUUGCCCACCCAAAGAGGACAACUACGGAGUCAAGUACUCUCCGCCACGGUCCGUUGCCACCAGCAAGGCCUACGUCUGAGAGCUUCAGAGCUGUGCUACACCACAAGGACUCUUUAAUUGUAAAGACUCAUCGUUCAUAAAGUCUCUUCGUACCCAGAUCCAUCUAGUUCUUUGUUCCGUGAUGCAAUGUGAGUAAGGACAAUGUCUGAAAAUGCAUAGGUAAUUUACUGAGAGUUUGUGCUAUGAUUGUAGACAAAUCUCUUACAAAUGUAUGUUUUCAUCAUGUGAUAAAAGGAAUAGGGAUCUGUAAUCACAAAAAUUGUUUCUCUAUUUUAAUUUAUGUUUGAUUUGAUAAGGAAGGAAUAGUUCAAAAAUAACAUAAAUACCUGCGUAUAAAAUGUGUAUUAAUCUAUAUUUGCGUAGCCUCUUGUUUAACUUUCAUUAAUUUUUUAUUUACAGAAACAAGUGUUGUAUGUUUUGUUUAUUAAAAAUGUUUAAAAUGGUUCUGUGAAACAAUGUAAGUAUCUUUUUUAAGUGAAUAUGUUUACUUCAUAAUGCCACACUGACCCCUUCAAAAUGAUAUUGUUACAUCAAAGAUAUUAUGUUGUACAUCACCUCAGUGAAUACACUAUUAUUAUAAGAGAGAUGUUGCCAACCUACUGUAAACAACUGUUUGAUUGCUUUUAAAAGAUUAACUAACUUGUUUUCACUUCAUUCAAAGUAUCUUGUCACAGUAAAAUAAUUUCAGUGAUAGAUCAAUGCAUUUAUUUAUUACGGUGACCUGCUUGUAAUUGGAUCAGACACUUCAUUAACUCAUCUACCAUGUGUUCCCUACUAGUUGGGGUUCCUGCUUGACAUUUAUUACAGUUUUUACAUUUGUUGUGUCAUUAAAUCAUCAUUGAACAUCUUUAUAUUUUGAACCUUCAUUAUGAUAUUUUAUUUUGGAAUUAUACGGUGUAUUUGUGUGUGCACUAUUGGUUCCUGUCACUCGAGGUGUGCCGUGGGGAGAUGUGUGCUACUGUCAUGCCUUUGGUCUCUGCUUCAAAGACAAUAAAAUUAAGUGACUUGA